AUGAGAAAGAUAAUCUAUGAAUUUGAGCAGUGUGACCCAAAGAAGUGCUCUGGGAAGAGGCUUAUAAAGCAGAAUAAGGUUCAACCAAUUAAAAAGAAUAAGAGCUUUGGAGGUGUGGUCCUCUCGCCAGAUGCGGACCAGUCCAUCUCUCCAGCUGAUAGAGAUAUCAUAGAGAGGUUUGGAAUAGGACUAAUAGACUGCUCAUGGGCACAGUUGGAUUCUGUAGAUUUCAAGAGGCUUCCAAGAAAGCAUAACAGGCUUCUUCCGUUCAUGGUUGCUGCUAAUCCGGUGAACUAUGGAAAGCCCUUCAAGCUGAACUGUGCAGAAGCCCUAAGUGCUUCAUUAUAUAUAUGUGGCUUCAAGGAGGAUGCAUACGAAAUACUCGAAGGAUUCAAUUAUGGUAACGAGUUCUACAAACUAAAUGGAGACAUUCUCGAUGAGUAUGCAAAGUGCACAUCAAGCAUAGAAGUAGUGGAGGCACAAAACAGGUUUCUGAAAAGCCAAGCUAGACGGGAAUGA